AGUUGCCAAUCGAUUCAACCUCAACGAUGGACGUGACAAAAGGCGAGUUCGUCGGCGCGGUGACGGCGCUCCACUUCUCCGCCGACGGUUCCUUGCUCUAUGCCGCGGUGGGAUGCACGCUGUACGUGUAUGACUCUGCUACAGGCAAGAUGUUCACGUCGCCGCUCUCGAUUUGGUCGCAAGGGACGAUCCAUGGCAUCGACAUUGGGCGGACGCGAACUUCAUCGCUGGUGCUGUGCUUUGGGCAAAAGCAACUGGGCUUGGUCACGUCUUUUCCUGACUCGUCCUCCGAGGUGACACCGUUGUCUCCAUCGAUUGUGGCGACGGAAUGCAUGGACUGGAUCUUGGACGCGCGCCUGCUGCUUGACGACAUGGACAGCUCGAAGGUGGCGUUGCCAAAGAUAGCCGUCGGUCUCUCCCACAACAUGGUGCACAUUUGGGACCCGUCCACGCAAGCCAUGCUUCAACGGUGUCAAUGUACCGAACGCACGAUUUUGUACGCAAUGGGGAUCUACGGUCGAUCGCUUGAUUCGCUCAUUGUCGCGGCUGGAACCGUCUUCCAGCACAUUUUGCUGUGGCAUCCUCCGCCUCUUAACCACGACCCUUCGACCUCCAGCGCAGCCCAAGUCACACAGCGGCUCCACCGGCAUGACGGCGUGUUGUUCCAGUUGACGUGGUCGGCGACAGGCCGCCAGCUUGCGUCAGUGUCCGACGACCGAUCCGUCCAGCUCUGGUCAAAUCUGAACGAUGCGGCGCGUGAUGACGUGGCGCUUCCUCGUGCAGUCAACCUGCAGCAUGCUUUCGAAAGCCGAUUUCGUGGGUGGGGCCAUACAGCCCGUGUGUGGGAUGUCCAGUUUACGCGAGAUGGUCGACUGGUGAGUGCGAGCGAAGAUGCCACGGUCAAAGUCUGGAGCGUCGCUGGCGAGUGUUUGGCGACAUUGAGCGGGCACUUGGAUACGAACGUGUGGCGCGUCGCAGUGCAUCCGAUCCACACGACUUGGGUGGCCACGGGCGGCGGCGACAAUGCGAUCAAGUUGUGGGAUGUUGACUCACACAUUGCAAACCAAUCGUUGGUUCACGUAAAAGCCGUGCCAACGCUCGUGGCUCCAUCUGCAACCACAAACGACGGAGGACUUGUGGCAGAGCGCUCCAAGAAAAACCACCAUGCGAUGGCCGUGCGCAGUUUGGUCGCGCUCGCGUCGAGUAUCGUGUGGAUCAGUGACCAAGGCCACGUUGGAAAGUCGUCGUGGAGUGCACACGCCCCAGCCGUCGUCCAGCAGUUCCAGAGCAACGUGUGCUGCGUUGCUGCCACGACCGACUUGAUCGCGGUGGGAGAUGUCACCGGACACCUUCGCAUGCUUUCGGGUACUUCACUCGCAGAGCUUGCGAUAGUGCAGGGCCACAUGGGUCGCAUCAUGUCGAUUUGGAUCAUUGAAACGAGCCAUCGAGAGAUCGGCGGCGUGACCGUGUUUACUACUGGAGUCGACUUGACACUGCGCGAGUGGACCUUUCAUAGCCCAACGUCGUCGCUGACACUUGUCGCAACGUAUCAGUGCCCAAGCAAAAAUGGUUGCAUCUCCGCGCUCGCCAUUCCCACCACCGACGGCGGCAACGACGAUCGCACGCUGCUGUGGUGUGGCGACGCACGGGGAAACUUGUGUGUGUUCGAUCGGGCGGUGAACAACUUGACAGACCACGCAUUGCUGCCAGUCCAGCCCAUGCUUGUGCAAUGGCAAGUGCACGGAAAGGAUGUGGUGUCGUCGCUGUUGUGGCGCAACCAGCUGCUCUACAGUUGCGGCCACGACGGGUUUGUGUGCACGUUGCGAUGGCAUGGCGAGUCGAAGCAACUGCACGCCGUGCGUCGCGUGGGGAUCAAAGGCCUGUCGACCCUCAAAACCAUGCACUGGACUCGUCACAACGACCUCGUCGUGUUUGGAUUCCACGCAGCCCAAGCCAUCUUGGUAAACGUCACACAGUCCGUCCGGUUGAUGUCGCUCGAGUGCGGCGGCUACCGUCGACCACACGCUCUCUUUUUCGAUCCAAAUGAACGGACAGGAACACCCCACGUGUUUGCCUUCACAACGCCCGGCACGACGGCCCUUCAAGUGCACACGGAUGCCCUCCAACCAAUGUCGACCACGUUGAAUGGUACACGGAGCCCUCUGCCGCUAUCGUGGCACGGCCAUCAUCACAGCAAAAUGGGCACCUGCGUGGCGUUUCUCGAUCCAUCCGCUUGUACUUCGUGGAUCGUCACGGGCGGCGAGGACUGCGCGUUGCGGCUCCACCGCGUCGUCACCGUUCCCAGCCCGCUUUCCGUCCAUACGACCUUCGACAAGCAAAUCCAUUGCAUUGACGCGGUGACGAUGCAUGGGACCAACGUGCGAUCGCUCGCUGUCGUGGGCCGUGACUGGGUCGUGUCAGGGGGAGGCAAGCAGUCACUGCACUUGUGGCGCGUCGUCGAUGGGCACUUGGACCACGUCGCAGAGCACACACCGUCCAACGUGUCACAAGAUCAGCGCAUUCUGGCGCUGUCGGCGACGGCGCUUCUCGACGACGAACGUGGGGAUGCCACGAUGGCAUCCCAUGGUGAUAUUGCCACUCUCGCGGUGUUUGCCACCAACAGCGAAGGCCAAACAGCGUUCUUCACGGCCAACGCACUCACGGGCCUGAGCUUCCAUCUCAUGUGGACAGGGCACACGAACAAACCCAUCUUGAGCUGUGCCUUGACCAGCAACGGCUUUUUUGUAACGGGGGCCACCGAUGGCUAUGUCGUCGUGUGGGAUGUCGCGCCGCUGCUGAGCUAUUGCCCACGGCGUGAAGUGGCAAGUCCGCGCCAGGUGUACCAGUACCGCGCUCACGACAUGGGAGUUAACUGCGUGUGCAUCCGGCCAACGGGCGCUACGACCUUUGAUAUUGUGAGCGGCGGCGACGAUCAGUGUAUCGCGCAUGCGGCUGUGGACGCCACGGACCGAUCGAAUAUCACUGUGCGCCAUUUGCACGGAAAGAGGAACGCCAGCGCGUCGGCCCUCAAGGCGAUACAAGCGAUGGAUGAUGUCGUUGUGGCCGCCGGGUACGAUCAGCGAGUGACGGCGUGGGAGAUGAACGGCGGUCACGAAUGGACUCGGCGCGGUGUGGCGUAUUCGGAAUGUGCCGACAUUGCUGGGGUCGCGUUGCGCCGGUGUGAUGGCGGCGCAAUUGAAGCUGUGGUCGUGGGGAAAGGCAUGCAAACGAUUGCAUUCCGAUAGAAUGCAGUAAUAUUCGUGAAAACACGCACACAUACGGGAGUCCAGUGUAUUCAAAGGAAUCGACAUAUAUAUAUAGAAGUCAGUCCAAG